AUGGCGGACGGCUUCGACGUCAAAGCUAUCUUCGACAAGCCAGAGUUCUCAGACAUCACCAUCAAGUUCGGUGCUCAAGAGGUCAAGUGCCACAAAGUGGUGCUCACUCAAGCAUCAGACUACUUCCGGACACUGCUCACCAACCGCAACUUUGUCGAGAGCGAGCAGGCCACGAUUGAGCUUCAAGGAGACGAACCAAGGGCUGUCAUGGCGAUGCUGCGUCACAUCUACGGCUUUCCAUACGACCAAGAUCUCGCAAUCCUGCCCAGCGAGGGAAUUGACUUUCACCACGCAGUCGACACCACGGCCAACAAGUACCUACUCUCCAAGUUAGAAGAAAAAGCUCUGAACUCUCUGGACUCCUCAUGCGCGCGAUACGAAGAGGCUUGCGACCUCCUCGAUAAGGUCCAGGUCUUCCGCACGAUCAAGAAGUUUGCGCUGCACAAGGAGCUGGGUGGUCCCAUGGAUAAGGCCUACCAUCACAUCCUCUCGACACAGUUUCUUGCUUUGUACAAGCUGCAAGAGUUUCGCUUGUGGCUCGAAGAACCCGGAAAGGAAGGUGUGAGGGACAUGGCGUUCGAGUUGAUGGACAAUGCGAACAAGAACUGCAUCGGCUGCCAGGUUUCACCGUGCAAGCGCUGCGGUCUGACGUGCGUCGUAGUGAACAAGAAAGGGAACACGAGGGGCCUUCACUGCUACGCCGGCGACGACUGCGUUUCUCGCCCUCAUACUUUCCACUGA